CUAUGGAGGAAGGAAUAAAUGCAAGAUGGCUCCUCGUAUAAAAACAGUCUUCUGGGUUGCCCUCAACGUGCAACAAAAUAACUCUUUACAUCUUAUUAGGUUAAAAUAUUUAUCCGCGGAGAGUUCUGAGGGGUAACUCGAGCUAUAGAUUGAUGUGCGUACGGUACCCAGCGACAUUUGGUGAGAGAAGAUACAGAAGAGACAAGAGAGACAACUUUGAAGCCAUGAAUUGGUGGUGAACUCGCUCUCCUCGGUAGACAAGAGUUGGGGUGGUCGGAAGCACACAGCCUGGGCCUAGGCUAGCUAGCGGUAGCUGCUAACUAGCUAAUGAGUGGUCUUCCUCAUUGGGAACGUUAAACAGCAGAAAGGGAAACGUAUCAGACUACUGGUUGCCUGUUGAAUGUGGGACUUGAGAGGCCAUAUAACAAUUGGUCAUGGCUGUAUCGAGACUUGAUCGUUUGUUUAUCCUGCUUGACACCGGAACAACACCAGUAACCAGGAAAGCAGCAGCUCAGCAACUUGGAGAAGUGGUCAAACUCCACCCACAUGAACUCACCAACCUCCUAGCAAAGGUCUUGACCUACCUAAGGAGUCCUAACUGGGACACUCGUAUAGCAGCAGGACAAGCUGUAGAAGCUAUUGUGAAGAAUAUUCCUGAGUGGAACCCAAGCCCAAAGCCAAAAGAAGAGUCUUGUGAGGACUUGUCUCCCGAGGACUCCGCUUGUGACCGGCUGACUUUCUACCAUUUUGACAUCUCCCGCCUUCUCAAACAUGGGGCCUCUCUGCUGGGAUCUGCUGGGGCAGAGUUUGAGCUGCAGGAUGACAAAACUGGUGAUAUGGACCCAAAGGAACGUCUGGCCCGCCAGAGAAAGCUUCUUCAGAAGAAGUUGGGUCUGGACAUGGGUGCUGCUAUCGGCAUGGACACAGAGGAGCUGUUCAAUGAUGAGGACCUCGACUAUACCUGCCAAACCAGUGGGCUUCGAGCCCAUGGAAGCAAAGCCACAGCUGGCUCCAGCUCUCGCAACCACGUGCCCAUUCAGGCUGCUGAGUUGAUUGACUCAGAGUUCCGGCCAGGCAUGAGCAAUCGUCAGAAGAAUAAGGCUAAGAGGAUGGCCAAGCUAGUGGCCAAACAAAGAUCAAGAGACGUUGAUCCAAAUGAAAAGAGUAAUGACAGUUUUGAGGGUGAACCUGAAGAGAAGCGAAGGAAAACCACCAACGUAGUAAUUGAUCAACCGGCAAGUGAACAUAAAGUCUUAAUUGACAAUGUUCCAGAUAACUCCAAUCUUUCAGAGGAGAUACAAGAGUGGCCUCUGGAGAGCUUCUGUGAGGAGCUCUGCAAUGACCUGUUCAAUCCUUCAUGGGAGGUUCGUCAUGGUGCUGGCACAGGUCUUAGAGAAAUCCUCAAGUCCCAUGGUGCUGGGGGUGGGAAGCUGGUGGGAAGCACUGCAGAACAGAUGUUGCGGCAGCAUCAGGAGUGGAUAGAGGACCUAGUCAUCCGAUUGCUCUGUGUCUUUGCUCUGGACCGCUUUGGAGACUUUGUAUCUGAUGAGGUGGUGGCUCCUGUCAGGGAGACAUGUGCCCAGACACUCGGUGUGGCCCUUCGCCACAUGAAUGAAACUGGUGUUUCCAUGACAGUAGAUGUCCUGCUGAAGCUGCUAAAAGAAGACCAAUGGGAGGCCCGUCAUGGAGGCCUUCUCGGGAUCAAAUAUGCUCUGGCAGUCCGACAGGACCUGAUCUCUGCUUUACUUCCCCGAGUGCUUCCUGCCAUCACCGUGGGCCUACAGGACCUAGAUGAUGAUGUCAGGGCCGUGGCAGCCUCUGCCCUCAUCCCUGUGGUGGAAGGCUUGGUACAGCUACUGCCUAAUAAGGUACCCUUCAUUGUGAACACAUUAUGGGAUGCUCUUUUGGACCUUGAUGACCUCACUGCUUCCACCAACAGCAUCAUGACAUUGCUGUCGUCGCUACUCACCUAUCCGCAGGUCCGACAGUGCAGCAUGCAGCAGUCAUUAACAGUCCUGGUCCCUCGGGUGUGGCCAUUCUUGAGGCACACCAUAUCAUCAGUACGACGGGCAGCACUGGAGACGCUUUUCACACUUCUGUCUAAAGCUGAAGAGAGCUGUGCACUGUGGAUCAACCCGAUCCUACAAGAUAUGCUCCGGCACAUCUUUCAGUCCUGCAUACUGGAGAGCAAUGAGGAAAUCCUUGAACUGGUCCAAAAGGUGUGGAUGGAGCUGCUGUCUCAGGCCCCCCAGCAGUACGUGGUAGCAGCCAGCUGUCCAUGGAUGGGAGCCUGGCUCUGUCUCAUGAUGCAGGCAUCACACAUUCCCAUAGACACAAACAUGCUGCUGGAAGUGAAGGCUCGCUCUAAGGAUAAGGCUGGCACAAAGGCACGUCUAGGGACCAAUCAGGUGAAGGAGACAGUCCAGGAGUACAUUGCAGGUGCAGAGACGGUGACAGACGAUCCAGCAACAAGGGACUACGUCGUGGUUCGUGCUCGCCUCAUGGCUGCCAAAUUGCUGGGGGCUUUGUGUAGGUGUAUCUGUGACCCUCAGCUCAAUGCUCCAUCUCAGGAGAUCCGACCAGCUGAGUCUUUAGGCCAGCUGUUGCUCUUCCACCUCAACUCCAAGUCUGCCCUGCAGCGCAUAGCUGUGUCCAUGGUGCUUUGUGAGUGGGCUGCAGUGCAGAAGGAUUGUCAAGUGGUGUCAUCCAUGGUGCAGCCUCGCCUUCUGGCCAUUCUGUCAGAGCAGUUGUACUAUGAUGAGAUUGCCAUCCCCUUCACACGCAUGCAGAAUGAGUGCAAGCAGCUCAUUGCUCUGCUAGCUGAUUCCAACAUAGACCUGCAAGACCGCCUCAACUGUAGUGUUUUCACAAUUGAUCAAGCCAAUGAACUGGUUACCACCAUCUUUACCGAAUCCACGGCAGGUCUGAACAAUAAGUCCAAACAGUGGCAGGCACUGGACAGUAAACGACAACAGGCUCAAUCGACAGUGAUGGAAACCAGUGCAGAAUGGCAGCAGCUGCAUCUGCGCGUCCACAUGUUCACAGCCUGCGCAGUAAUUAACCUGCAGGUGCUUCCUGACAAGCUCAACCCACUAGUCAGGCCUCUGAUGGAGGCCAUCAAGCGGGAGGAGAACACCCUGAUCCAAGGAUAUGCUGCUUCUUUUAUAGCUAAACUCCUGCAGCAGUGUGCGGGGCGCUCACCAUGCCCCAACCCCAAGAUCAUCAAAAACCUCUGUGCCUCAUCCUGUGUGGAUUCGGCCGCGACACCCUCAUCUGCUUGUCCUGUACCCCCAACACAGGAAAAUGCCAAAGGCCAAGGGUUGGAGAAAGAAGGCAUGCAUCACAUGGUCAACAAAACCCGAGGCAUCAUUACCCUGUACCGUCACCAAAGGGCAGCGUUUGCCAUCACCAGUAAGAGGGGACCAGCCCCUAAAGCCCCAAAGACCCCCAGCACAGAGCUCCCUCCUGGCAGCACCAUCGGCACUGAUAAUGAUGAGAGCAAGAAGCCAUUUCUGAUCCAGAGACGCGGGGCAGAGUUCUCCCUAACAACUGUUGCCAGGCACUUCGGUGCAGAUCUUACUAAGUCUCUGCCAUACCUCUGGGAGAACACAGUGGGACCACUGAGAGCCGUGGUGACUGAAAAUCAGUGCAUUGAUAGGCAGGCUCAGCUGGAGAGAGGAGACGGUGCAGCUCAGGAACUGGUUAACUCACUACAAGUGCUGGAAGUCAUGGCUGGAGCCAUGGCUGCUGAGCUCAAACCUUUGCUGCUGGAGCACCUCCCCUAUCUGUUCACCUGCCUGCAGCACCCGUACACAGCGGUGCGUCACAUGGCAGCCCGCUGUGUGGGCGUGCUCAGCAAGAUAGCCAUGCUGGAGACUAUGAACAGUUUCCUAGAGAGUGUACUCCCCUGGUUAGCUGCUAUUGAAGACUGCACCAAACAGGAGGGUGCCAUCGAGGCUUUAGCCUGUGUCAUGGAGCAGCUGGAUGUGGAAAUCGUACCCUACAUUGUGCUGCUGGUUGUACCAGUGCUGGGCCGUAUGAGUGACCCCAGUGAUAGCAUUCGUUUCAUGGCCACACAGUGCUUUGCAACACUUAUCCGCCUGUUGCCCUUAGAGGCAGGUAUACCAGACCCUCCAGACAUGUCUGCCGAUCUGAUUCGUCAGAAGGCUAGAGAACGCCACUUCUUGGAGCAACUAUUAGAUGGCAGAAAACUGGAGAACUACAAGAUCCCAGUGCCCAUCAAGGCUGAGCUCCGAAAGUACCAGCAGGAUGGAGUGAACUGGCUGUCCUUCCUAAACAAAUACAAGCUGCAUGGGAUCCUGUGUGAUGACAUGGGUCUUGGCAAGACCCUGCAGUCAAUCUGUAUUCUGGCAGGAGAUCACUACCUCAGGGCACAGGAAUAUGCCAAGACAAAGGCCGCAGACUGUAGCCCCAUGCCCUCUCUGGUGGUGUGUCCUCCCACGCUGACCGGCCAUUGGGUGGAUGAAGUUGGCAAGUUCUGCACCAAAGAGUACCUCAACCCGCUGCACUACACUGGGCCUCCUACAGAACGAAUGCGGUUGCAACACCAAGUGAAAAGACACAAUCUCAUAGUCGCCUCUUACGAUGUUGUACGGAAUGACAUUGACUUUUUUAGAAAUAUAAAAUUUAACUACUGUAUCCUUGAUGAGGGUCACGUCAUCAAGAACGGGAAGACCAAACUUUCCAAAGCCAUUAAGCAGUUGGCUGCCAAUUUCCGAGUCAUCUUGUCAGGAACACCCAUUCAGAACAAUGUCCUCGAGCUCUGGUCGUUGUUUGACUUCCUCAUGCCGGGCUUUCUUGGAACAGAACGCCAGUUUGCUGCUCGCUACGGGAAACCUAUCCUGGCCAGCCGUGACGCCAAAAGUUCCUCACGGGAACAGGAGGCAGGUGUCCUGGCGAUGGAGGCGUUGCAUCGACAGGUGCUACCCUUCCUUCUGAGGAGAAUGAAAGAAGAUGUCCUCCAGGAUCUUCCUCCCAAAAUCAUUCAGGACUAUUACUGCAACCUGUGUCCUCUGCAGGUUCAGUUAUAUGAAGACUUUGCUAAGUCUCGAGCUAAGGCCAGUGUGGAGGACAGUAUCUCCGUAGCCUCGACCGAGGAGGAGGAAAAGCCUAAACUGAAGGCCACAGGCCAUGUCUUCCAGGCGCUGCAGUACCUGAGGAAGCUGUGUAACCACCCAAGCUUAGUCCUGACGCCGCAGCAUCCAGAGUACAAACGCAUCACUGAGCAGCUGGCAGCUCAAAACUCGAGCCUGCGGGACAUUCAGCACGCACCCAAACUCUCCGCUCUCAAACAGCUGCUGUUGGACUGUGGUCUCGGUGGUGGUGGAGGAUCAGAGGGAGGCACCGAGGCAGUGGUGGCCCAGCAUCGCGUUCUCAUUUUCUGUCAGUUGAAGAGCAUGUUGGACAUUGUGGAGCACGACCUGCUGAAACCAAAAUUGCCAUCCGUCACCUACCUGAGGCUGGACGGCAGCGUGCAGGCGGGCCUGCGCCAUUCCAUCGUAUCCAGAUUUAACAAUGACCCCUCCAUCGAUGUGCUGCUGCUGACCACCCAUGUUGGCGGGCUGGGGCUGAACCUGACGGGUGCAGACACUGUGGUGUUUGUGGAACAUGACUGGAAUCCCAUGAGGGACCUACAGGCCAUGGACCGAGCCCACAGGAUAGGACAGAAACGGGUGGUGAACGUGUACCGGCUGAUCACACGAGGCACACUAGAGGAGAAGAUCAUGGGUCUGCAGAAAUUCAAGAUGAGCAUCGCCAACACUGUCAUCAGCCAAGACAACGCCAGCAUGCAGAGCAUGGGCACAGACCAGCUCCUCAACCUCUUCACUCUGGACAAGGGAGAAAGGGGUGAGAAGGGCGAGCAGUCGCCAUCAACCUCAGGGAAGGCCUCCAUGAAGUCUGUGCUGGACGGCCUGGGAGAGCUAUGGGACCAGCAGCAGUACGACACCGAGUACAACCUGGACAACUUCAUGCACUCCCUGCAGUAGCACUGUCCGAUGCAUUACCAGGGGACAGAGGCGACGGAGAGGGAGAGGAUUGCCAUGCCAAAGACCACAAGGUUUCACAGCGUCAUACAACUACGUUUAAUAAGAUUUGCUUAUUAGUACAGAAAAAGGAAAAAUUAAGGUGGGAACUACAAACUCUGAAGCAGUAGUAAGCAUUAGCAGCAUUGAGCUCCAUGUUUUCAAAUCACAGUUAUACUGCAAAAAAGUUCAGACCAAGUCAACAAUCUCAUAAAAGCCUUGUCAAGACAGAACCAGUGUUCAAGUCAGGAAAUAAAAAUAAAUACCAAAAAAAAAAAAAAACUAGAAAAUAAAAGCACAGAUGCUGUACGGGGGAAAAAAGUACAUUUUCAAAAGUAGUGGGAUGUUUUGUGGAAAAAAAGCACACUACCAGUCUUUUUUUUCUUUUUUCUUUGAGAUCACAAAAUGACGAGACCUACAGUGUUUACCUACCCAGAGAAACGCCCAUGAAGCAGAAGUGAAUAUACAGGAUACUAUCCAAGUCUAGUUUACAUGAAAUACAUACGUAUAUCUAUAGAGAGGAAUAUAUAAAAUGGUUACCAUCAUCCAAAUCAUCGUCUUUUUUUUUUUUUUUUCAUUUGCACAUACACUUUGUGUUAUAGUAUAAAUGGUUCUGUUCAGUGAAAGAGAAACUGGAGAGAAAAAAGGGGGGGGGCAGAGAGAUAGAUAAGAACUCGGUGGUAUGAUGGUGAAUAACACUGAUGAAGUACGGGAUUAUUUAAAGGAAAUGGGGGGUUAUUAGCAUCAGCUCUAUAAACUGGUAGAAAAGGCCGGCCAGAAAUAACAUUCUCACAUGAGCUCUGGAGUCUCUUUGUUUUUGGAUGAUGACAGAAGAGCACGGGACGUCACAAACACUUCGAAAUGGAGCUUCAGCCUAAAAUAAAAUAAAUACAGUUGUUUGAGAUUUUGGGAAAAUGGUUUUCAAGAGUUUGGUGAUCAGUGUCGCUCUCAUGUCAGCACAGUAAAUAUGAAGCUGGAGCCUUAAAGCUAAACUUUCAGCAUCAAAACAACGGCAGCCAGCCAGGUUCUUUGUGCACAAAGACAUCACUAGUUAACAUUUUUUAUCUUGUUUGUCUAAUUCCUACGAAAACUAAACCGUAAAGUGACACACUGAGGUGUUAAAGGGGUUAUAUGAUGGAAGUUACCACUCCCAGCCAAUAGCUAUCCUAGUCUGGCAAAUAAUCGACGUAACACUUAAACGUGUCAUUUGUACACUUCUGUUUCUGUUUUGAUUAAAACAAAGAGAUAUGUGUUCAUAAGUGAGCUUCAGAGGAGCUAGCUAUAAGCUAGAUUUUGUUGCGUUUGGACUGUCAGGCUGACUGUUUACCCGUUUCCUGCCUUAAUGCUGAGCAGCUGGCCUCCUAUUGGCUAGAUUCGAGCCUGGUAUCCAUCCACCAAGCGCACAAGAGGGUGGAUUCCACUCACAAAUCUGUCCAUUAAAUAUGAAGCCAAUGCCAGCGACCAGUUCUGGAUGACGAAGGGGGUGGUAGCUAGCAUCGCUGUGUCCAAGAAUUUGUCUCAGAGUUCACAAAUUAACAUGUUCCAUCUCUCUGAUCCGAGCACAAAGUUCACAUAGUUCUAUGACAGGGUUACGUGCCGGACUACUUCUCUCCUGGCUUUAUACAUACUGUGCAGUCAUGUGAGUGGUCUCAAUUGUCUUGUCCCACUCUUUUAAGCAGUCAAGCUACCGAUGGAGGCUACGUACCAAUCUCAUGUCUCUCUGUUAAAUAUUGGCGGUAUGAUUGCUAGCCCAGCAGUGUCCAAAAAUGUGUCUACCAGCAACUCUAAAGGUGACAAAAAGCACAUUUUAUCUUGUUUCUUUAACUGUAAAAACUACAAGCCUUGGGUUGAUGAGAGGGUCACGUAACGUGCUAGUUCUUGUUCUUGGCAGGAUGUUUAUGCUAGGCUAAGUUAACAAUCCCCUGGUUGUACAGCUUUAUGUAUUCUUUUGCAAUAUUUUUGAAUGGGGUCAAUCUUCUCAUCUAACUCUUGGCAAUCAGACGAUAUAGGGUACGUACCAAUGUCAUGUCUCUGUUAAAUACUGAGCGACACACAAUUACCAGUUAACUUAGCUUAGCAUAAAGACUGGAAGCCCGGCUAUGGCCAAAAAAAAUCUAACACAUUUCAUCUCGUUUCUUUAACAACCUUUAGUUUUAUGAGAGAGUUAGGCCUGCAUGCCUGACUAGUUCUUGGCUGGGCGUUAAUGCUAUGCUAAGCUAACACUCUCCAAGCUAGCCACAGAGUGUUAUACUGUACAGUCAUUUGAGUCAAGUCUUCUCACCUAACUCUUGGCAAGAACACACAUUAAGAGUUUUUUCCCAAAAAGUCAAACUUUCGUCUUUUAGAAGAUCAGCAGGGGAAAAUGCACGGUUGAAAAAAAAAGAAAAGUACAGAAACAAACCAAAAGUUGGGGGGAAAAAACAAAUCAAAAAACACUUUAGACAGUUGUGAUGAAAAAUUACCAUUCCACAGAGAUACAUGCUCUUCCCAAACGUAUAGAAUUAUUACACAGUUCAUCUCUAUAUUUACAUUCAUACUGAAAUACAAUCACACCGGCGCACUCUGCAGGGACCGAACCUACGAGAGAGAGGAGGAGUGUGACGUGGCUGUUUGUUUCUGAAGAGCUGUGUGUGAGGAACAGGAGGGGGUUACUGGAGAGUUAGUGCUAACAGUAGCCGGCUAAAAGCAAUGUAAAUGGUCAGUGGUGUCGUCCAUCUUCCACAAUUACAUCACAACAUACUGCAUGUAUGCUCCAUUCUGCCAUUUUUAUUUUAUUGCCCAUUCAUUUGUUUACAUUGCGAAUCACUUAAACAUCACCAACCACCAAUCUGUUGUUUUUGAGUAGUUUUUUUUUUUUUUUUUUUUAAAUCUCCGUAGAUCAUUUUCACACUAAUGUAAGCAACAUCAGCGAGUUAACACAUAAAGCUUAGCAUUUCAAGAAUCGACACACUUUAGUAACAAUAUUACAAAGUUGUUGUGUUUUUUUUUUCAGCUUCAAAAAAAUGAAAAAAGUGAACAAACGAAAAAAAUAAACUUUUAAAGAAUUAGCAUCAUAAAAUUAAUUUAUUCCAAGUAAAAAUACAAAAUAAUAUUAAUGACAUUGACCAGAUAUGAAAGUCUCCCCCAGAAAUAACUAUUAAUGGUUGAGAAAUAAGUCUGUAAAGAAAAAUACGAAAUAAAAAUGAAAAUAUGUAAAUAUGUUUAAAUUCUUUUCUUUUUUAGCAAAACUUUCUAAAAAUAAUGAAAAUUUCUCAGUACAAAGGCUACAUUACUACUGGAAGGUACUAGCAGGUAGAGUAGGUAAAUACACAGUAGAAAAUGAUUUUAGUGAAUCACAAUGCUUGCAAUGAAAAUAAUUCUGCAAUAAAGAUUUAUGCCUCUUUUUCUUGUUUUCUUCUUUUCUACAAACAGUACAAACAGUAUUGCACAUUACAACAAAGAAUCAAGGUUCUUAGCCUUAAAAAAUGGGACUAAUUCAAGUCUUGCGUGAAUAGAAGGCCACCAGUCAAUUGAUGCACCUUUGGGGGCUUUCGAUCAAGUUACAGGUGAAAACACUUGUGUCUGUUUUUGUGUUAAAAAUAACAUUCUCGUCUCUCUCUCUACCUCCAGCCGUUCAGCGACUCUCGCCAAGUCUCCUUUUCAUUGUUUUUUUUUUUCUUCUCCCAAAAACAACGUCAGGCUAACAAAAUCAGGGUUGCGUUGCUUUGUUACAAAAACAAAAAAGGGAGCACAUACUUUUAGGAAACAUAAAAAACUUCUCUUAAAAAAAUAAUGAACAGAAGAUCUCUUUCACAACUCUGGUCAGCAUAGUAAAUGAUUGAUUAUAAAUAUACAAAAACGUGGGAAAUAUGUUCAGUUUUUCUCUCUGAGCACCUGAUAGUGUUUUUCUUUUCUUCCUAAAGAGCUCUUCUCUGAUGUUUCGACCAAUUUUAGACCAGUGGGACACUCACGCCCAACCUCCACUGUGAUAAAGUAGACCAUACUCUCGCUAACUACGUCAUUAUAUUAGUUAUAAAGCUCUAGCUCCUUCAGUUGUUGUCUUUUUCAAAAAAAUAAAUUUUUAAAAUAAAAGCAAAUAAGCAUGAUAAAAAUAAAAAAAUCAACCAUCUGUUAAAUCAUUUCUCUUGAAGAAUUAAAUUAAUAUAUAUUUUUUUUAUCUGAAUAAACUUACUUAGAAAAUAUCAGUUUCUCUCCUAAUAUAUUUCAAAAUUGAGGUAUUGCAAAAGAUCUUGUCAGUCAGAAAGCACGCUUUUAUCGUCUUUUUUUUUUUGUCUUUUAACAAAAAGAACUGCUGACCGUCGAAAACUGUUCAGAUACAAAGAGUAGUGCAUAACAAAUAUCUAUCAUAGAGAAGGAACAAACAUAGAAAACCUGUCUGGGUGGGGAAAGAAAUGUCACAAAAACACCCAGAAUUCACUUUCAUAGGGAUACGUAUUAUUACUCAUGGUUAGCCUCGUGUUUUUUUUUGUUUUUUUCUAUCAGUAAAAAAGUAUCUUCUGCUUUAGUUUCAAUUCAUUUUUUUUUCUUGGACAACAAAAACAUCUAUCCUAAAGCAAAACAAACAAAAAAACAAAACAAAAAAAA